AUGGAAGGACAGGAAGGGGCAGGUACAAGACAAAUCCCGAGAGACGAAAAGGGAAAGGGCAAAGAGGGAAAGAGGGAAGGCGAGAAUGGGCGACGGGAGCUUAUUUGGAGGGGUGACGGGCAGAAGGCAACAGCGGAACACAACAGAGCAACUGGGAAAGUGCAACUCGAGUGGCGGGUGGUUGCUGCAGUAUUUAUGACUUUGAGGCCGUUCUUUCCUGAGUUGCUUGACGCUUUUUUCCUGUUGAUUUUCAUCACCUUCUUUCCUAUUUUGUCACGUCAACUGGGAAUUGGGACGCAUCGAGCACUUGACCAUGCCGACGUUGUCUUGACAGAAGCUAGUCGCUUUGCGCGGGGCAUCCACUUCGACGUGCUAGGUUGUCAACAAGGCGCGGAACUAACAGGGCCAACUGCGGGCGUGCUGGGCGCCAAUUCGUCGGCCACGAAAGGGAUGGACAGGGGCAACGCUAGCUCGAUUUUGCGGGCGGCAAACUCAGGGACCGAGACAAAAGAGAACGACUAA